AUCACUUCUCCAAAAACCGAUCGAUGAUGCUUGGAAGCUAUCUGGGUUUGGCUCUAGUCAUUUCUGCAUACGCGCAGCAACAGCAAACAAUACCUUGUGGACUGCCACCAUUUGUUACCAAAUUGCCUGAAAAGCAGUCUCAGCUGCUGAAAGAAAUAUGGGCAGGAUACGAAAGUGGAACCGAUUGCUCAACGCAACAAAAUAGAACUUUUGAGGUUGUAGCCACACUUACCGAUGCCGAAAGAGCUGCCGUCUUUAGCGCGGCUCAAGAAAACGAUGAAGGAAUACCAGUCGAAGAUCAGUUCGACACGACGCCAGCAUUCAUCAAGUCGCUCUCAAAAAAGAUAAAGGACGGAUUUGACGAAAUCUGGACUAAUAUUGGGCUUCUCGACCAAGAGAAGCACGAGAAGCUUCGAGAAUACGCAGCAAAACAUUUCAACAAAGAGCAGAAAGAAGGAUUUGAUAUAUGGUUGAAUAAGAUAAUCGAAGCAAGACAGCAGAUAAACAGUCGUGUUGAGAAACUGCCACAAGCAGCAAAGGAAAUGCUUAGCAAAAUAAUGAAGGUCCGUGAAGAAGAACGCAAGCUGCUGAACUCACUCACUCCAGAAAUGCAAAGAAUGCUGGACGGCCUUAUCUGAACGCGCUAUAAUCUAAUAGUGAUCUGAGAUUAGUAGACGUCUUUCUUUUUGACAGAAUCAAUAAACAUUCUGUUAC